AUGCGUCAGUUCCCACGCCGUUGUGGCCGGAACUGUCAGCUGAUUGCCUUGACGCACAUGCUCGUGCAUGUUCUAGCUCAAGGUCAUCAACCGGUGUACUCGAUGCGCCGAAGUUCGCCUCAGUUUCGCGUUGGUACCAUGCCCUACGGGUGCCCUCUGCUCCCGCUGGUAAUUCUCUGUUUUGCUCCGUCUUGUUCGGUCCUGCGCCCGCCUCCAUUCAAACUCAAUGGACUUGUUUUUAACGUCUCCGACAGCCUGGAAGAAAAUACUAGAGUAAACCUCCGCUGUGAAUACUAUCUUAAACCGCCUCCUGCCUUUGGCUUCAAGAUGAUUAUCUCCUUCUUGCCAAAAGCGAAAAUGCCGUCGGCGGUGUAUGACGCAGCCAUUUCAACCGAUUUCAUCUUUCCCGAUGUAUUGCAAAUGGCCCACAAGGGAACUUCGUUGAAGUCGUUGCUUGCAGCUGUAGCGGUGGUGGCGCUGCUAGCGUCUUUCUGUCUGGGAAUUUGGCUAACUAGGCCCCGUAAAGUAAUUUUCAAGCGAGUGGUCAUUGAAAGAUCUUUACUUUACUCUACGGAGACACCCAACGGUCUUCCAGAUCAUCUUCCCAAGGUCACCUUAGUGCCGGAACCACAUCCCCCUCUCGGGACGUAUUUAAAAGCUUUCUACCGGCAUGUGAGAACUCGUCUUUCAGAAUUCGAUAGUGUGCCCAAUGAACCCACCGGGAUACACGAGAAUGGCGAUGUCGAUUCUGAUAUCAACUCCCAAGGUCUUGAAGGCUCAGCGUCCAUCGUCAAAGUUUCAAAAAACCAGCCUCUGAAAUCUCAGGAAUCAAAAAGCAAGGAACAUCUGUUUACACCGAUACUCCGUAGGGUAUCUGACCAGGUGGAGUAUUUGAUUCCCGUCGAUCCCACCUAUGAGAUCCCCUUCAGCAACUUGGAAAUCAGUAGAAACCUCGGCCAGGGUGCCUUCGGUCUUGUUUUUCGCGGGUCCGCCGUUCGUCUUCCUGGCGGUGUCUCCGGCCCGCUGCCUGUGGCCAUCAAGACUCUUUACGUUAACUCAUCGGAAGACGAUGUUGUUGAUUUCGUACGUGAGAUUGAAAUGAUGAAAUUCAUCGGGAAACACGAAAAUGUUGUCCAGUUAUACGCCACAAGCACUUGCAAUGGCCGUCCGGUGAUGGUAAUGGAGUAUGCGGCCGAAGGCAGCCUGGUUAACUAUCUCCGAAGAAAUCGGGCGUUGCUGUCCUCUCAACCACUGGCAAAAACCGAAUCCACUCUCCUCUCGUUCGCUUGUCAAGUGGCUAAUGGAAUGGCUUAUCUCGCUUCAAAAGGCAUUGUUCAUCGGGAUUUGGCGGCAAGGAACGUGGUGAUUGCGGCUGACUUAGUCGCGAAAAUUGCUGACUUCGGUCUCACUCGGAAGGCAGCAUUGUACUAUCGAAUGAGAGGAACGGGUCGCGUUCCCGUGAAGUGGAUGGCACCGGAGUCCAUUUUUCAGAUGGUUUUUACUACAAAAUCUGACGUGUGGUCUUUUGGCGUUCUAUUGUGGGAGCUUUUCAGUCUUGGGGAGUCACCAGCUGCCGAGGUCCCGUUCAACGAGUUUGUCGAUCUACUACGAAAGGGAGCUCCCAUUUACACAAAGCCGAAAUAUGCAAGCGAAGAUAUAUUUGUCAAAGCAAUACAGACCUGUUGGAAGCGCCAACCUGAAAAUCGACCCACAUUUGUCAGUAUCCUGUCCACUUUGUCCGCGUUUUCAGAAAGCAUUGCUCUAGAAAGUUAA